CCCUCGCCGAUCCACUCUAUCAGCGUGCUUUUGAGGGGACGGGUGGUUGGAGUAAGGAGGUGCCGGGCUACAGUGCACCAACAACGCGUUUUUUUUUGGAAGGAAGCCUAGCUGCACAACUGCAUCACCACAAACAAAGGAAGGAAUCCCCGGUGACGACUCGCGGAAAAAAGGAGAUAUACAACAACGACUGCGCCCAGGCGCGUACUGAAAACACACGCAGUAAGAUAUAGCCCCUGUUUGAUAGCUAGCGCCCCAUUCAAAGACACCGAGGCACCGAGGUGUUAAUAGCCUAGCCUAGCUAAUUGCCCAUUCGCUAGCAUUCUCUGCCUGUAGUCUGAGCAUCAUUAGCUUCGUGGGCUCCGUUGACGCACGUCAGGGCUCGUCGGCCGGUGCGGUGUCAUCCUGCUCAGUGAGCCCCACAUUUUUACACACGGAACCGGCCGCUGGAGAUAGCGUCUGCGGUGCCAUCAGUCAACACCACCAUCACCACCACCUAUCUCCCCCGACCCCUUCACCUCAGCCCCUCUCCCUCCACCCUCCGACACACUGGAGAUCCACAAGCGGCCGGGGAGCGGCGGCGGCGACGGGCCGGCCAGGCUGGGGGUUGUACCGGCUGAACCGCCGGGAGGCGGAGCGUCUCCGGACAAGUUGCCCGGCCGUGGUGAGCUACCGACGGCGAGCAUGGACGGGCUGGCGGUGGAGGUGCGGGGCUCGAACGGGGCCUUCUACAAGGGUUACAUCAAAGAUGUCCACGAAGACUCCCUAACAAUAGUAUUUGAAAACAACUGGCAACCAGAGAGGCAGCUGCCCUUCAGCGACGUGCGGCUCCCCCCUCCGGCCGACUUCAACAAGGACAUCGGCGAGGGAGAGGAGGUGGAGGUGUACUCCAGGGCCAACGAGCAGGAGCCAUGCGGCUGGUGGCUGGCCCGGGUGCGGAUGAUGAAGGGAGAGGUCGAUACUUCUGAUCGCCUACCAGUUGAUGGUCAGCCAUUAGAGAAGACAAAGUUCUACGUGAUCGAGUACGCCGCGUGCGACGCCACCUACAACGAGAUCGUCACAGCGGAGCGCAUCCGGCCGCUCAACCCCAACAGCCCCUCCACCCGAUCCUCCUUCCACAAGGUCCCCAUCGCCAUCCCCGAAGACCUGCGGGACAUCUGUGCUAACGACAACAUCCACAAAGACUUCAGGAAAGCCAUUGGAGCCAACUGCAUCUUCUACAGCGCCCAGACACAUGAACUCAUCGUGUUGUCGACGAACGAAACCACAGUGAAGCGCGCCGCGCUCCUCAGCGAAAUGCACUUCCGCAGCAUCCGCACCAAGCUAAUGCUAAUGUCCCGCAACGAGGAGGCUACCAAACACCUUGAGACGAGUAAGCAGCUGGCCUCGGCCUACCAAGAGGAGGUGCGCGUGCGCGAGGACCUGAUGGGGCUCGCCAUCGGCACGCACGGCGCCAACAUCCAGCAGGCCAGGAAGGUGGCGGGCGUCACCGCCAUCGAGCUGGAGGAGGAGAGCUGCACCUUCCGCAUCUACGGAGAGACCCCUGAGGCGGUCAAACAGGCUCGAGUGUACCUGGAGUUCAAGGAAGACUACUUCCACGUGCCCAGGAACCUCGUAGGCAAAGUCAUCGGCAAGAGCGGCAAAGUGAUCCAGGAGAUCGUGGACAAGUCGGGCGUGGUCCGCGUCCGCAUCGAGGGCGACAACGACAAGAAGCUUCCCCGUGAGGAGGCAGGCAGGCAGGCGUCCAGCAAAGACCACCAGGCCGGCAACAAUGAGGGCAUGGUCCCGUUCGUCUUUGUGGGGACCAAAGAGAACAUCAGCAACGCCCAGGCCCUGCUGGAGUACCACGUGGCGUACCUACAGGAAGUGGAGCAGCUGCGUCUGGAGCGUCUCCAGAUCGACGAGCAGCUCCGGCAGAUCGGCGUGGGCUACCGCGCCCCCUCGGGCCGCACCGGUGGCACCGGGGGCCCCGGCGGUCCGGGGGCCGGCGGCCCUGGGGGUGAGCGGGAGAAGGGGUACCUGACGGACGAGAGCAGCAACUCCCUGCACAACUCGCGCGUGUACGGCGGGCGGGGCCGCGGACGGCGCCCCUCCAACAGCACCAACUCCGAGCUGUCCAACGCGUCCGAGUCCGAGGAGGUGGCGGAGCGCGAGCAGCGGCCCCGCGGCGUGGGCGGCGAGGACCGGGGCGCCCGGCGUGGAGGGAGGGGCCGGGGGGCCAACGCAGGCCGGGGCCGCGGAGGACCCAGCGCCAGACCCACCAACUCCAUCAGCUCAGUGCUGAAGGACCCGGACAGCAACCCCUACUCCCUGCUGGAGGGCGAGGGCGAGCAGGCCGAAGCAGCCGAUGGCGCCGGGGCCGGAGACCGCCGCCGCCGCGACCGCCGUCGCCGUAACGACCAGGAGCCCAGCGUGAUGGACGCGGCCACCGAGGAGUCGGACGGCCAGGCCGCCACCAGCGAUAACGGACUUGACGAGGAGGGGAGACCCCAGCGUCGCAACAGAAGCCGCCGCCGUCGUAACCGUGGCAACCGCCCCGAAGGUGGCUCGGCCAGCCGUGACAGACAGCAAGUGACUGUGGCAGACUACAUCUCCCGCCCCGAGUCCCAAAGCAGGCAGAACGUUCCCCAGAAGGAGAACCAGACUGCCCCUGAACCCAAGGAGAACGGAACAAGCACCAAGAAAGACGAGCGUGCCCCCUCCAAGGGCUCCCCUAGCAACGGCGUGGCAACCGCCAGCGAGACCAAGGCCUUGGUCAACGGGGUCUCGUAAAGAAAACGGCACCAACAACAAAAAAAUAAUAACCACAAACCACGUGUAUUUAAAAAAGAAAAAAAUAGAGCGGCCCUGCCCUUCUGGAAGAAUCCACGUCUAGAGCAAGACCUCAUGGCAAUCUGUGUCCCUGCUUGCAUUAACUUUAACCUUGAACCGAAGAGCGAGAGAGUGAGAGAAAAACAAGUACCUGACGAAAAAUAUCUGAAUUCAUACGUGUGCGAGAAAAACGUAACGUAAAAAAACGACAAACGCAUCUACUUAAAAAACACGUUAAAGGUGUAUGCUAUCCUAUCUAUCAGUACUUAGUGCUUAUUUUUAAGAAAAAAACACAUGACUAGCUUACCAAAAAAAAAAACAGAGCUGGUGGAAAUGACUUGAUUUUUAAAGAAAUACGGAAACACAAGAAACAGGACGAGACUCUCUAUGUUGUUUGUUUUUUAGUUUUUUAAACUAAUGUCCUCUUUUUUUGUUGUGUCAAUUAUUUACGUUGUCGUUGUUGUUUAUCACUGGUUUUGACUAAGGAGGGGGUUGGACGGUGAAAAAUCGAACGUAUUUUCCCGCCAAAACCGACGCGUCUAUCGAAGCGCGUUUAACGUCAAGAAACGAAGAGCGAGCUAGAACGAGAGAGAGAGAGAGAGAGAGAGAGAGAGAGGGGCGGCGAGGUCGGCCAUAGACGCACAAGGGCGGACUCACGGUCCCUGCCUGUGUUGUGUCGGGCCGGCGGUGCCACGCCCGGGGGGGGGGGGGAGAAAGAGGGGGGCGGAGUCAGGACGAGAUGGACGGGGAGGCGGGUCUGGUCGUGGGGGCGGAUUAUGGUUUACUGAUAGACAUUGUGCCUUGAAUUUGGGGAAGCUAAAAAAAAAAAAAGACUAAAAAAAAACUUGAGUUUAUCAUUUCGAUUUUUUCCGUUAUUUUUUUUCUGUUUGUUUCACAAGAAGAAUAAAAGCGAGGGAGGGGUCUUAAUUCCUUUUGUUCGUUUUGGUUAAGAGACGGAUGGACGGAUGAAUCUGAGAGCGAGUGAUGACUAGACAGUACAGGGGCGUUACUAGUGGCGGCGGAGAGCGAGGAGUACAGGAGCGGCAGAGGUGAAUGGGUUAAUAAAAACAGAGCGAGGGAUGUUUGGUGCCAAACAGGGAAUUCAAGUGCUUGUUCUUCGCUAUCGGCUGCGGCGGCAUAGGGGCGUGUACGUGGGCGGAGGUGUGAGGGCGCACGCGCGGAACGGUUAGGGGUCCACUAAAAGAAACGGUUAGGGGUGGGAUAAGGGGUCCUGGCUUUCGCCUUAAGAGUCUCCCACGUCACAUGUCACUUCGGCCUCCCUCCUAUUCUCAGCUUGGGGGGGAGGGGUGGUGGAGGGUUCCAGCAGCUCUGUAGCCAGAACAAGAAAUAAAUCAAUUACAAAAUGACAAAUGAAUAGAUAAUGAAACGGUAAAGGAAGCCUAUACUGUGCCUGAGAGGGGUCCUACGGGACUGAGCGCAUACACACCAAUACAGACCCACUCACACAUAUACACACACUCUGAGAUGAGGAGGUGGGGCGCAGGGAGGCUGGCCAGGCGAGGUCGAUGCGUUGGGAGGGGGUCCCCUCUGGGUUUCUGAUAUAUCUGUAGAUACAUGGUGGAGUGGAAGCGCGCCCUUGCCCGUGACGCAGCUCGCACGCCGUCACCUGUUGUCUUGGUAACCGCUCUCAAAAGCAAUUUCAUAAUUUUUCUUUUGUUUUUGUUUUUGUUCUUUCCACAAAAUACAAUUUAUCAAAUAAAACAAAAAUGGAAGUGAA